AGACUAGAUUAUAAGUAUAAUAUGUCGAUCUAGAUCAUACUAGAUGACUAGUGAGUGUCUGAGAUCUAGACCUCUAUAUCUUCUUAUCUUAUAGAGAAAAACUAGAUCUUUAGAAUAAUAGGUCUAGUUCGAAUCUAAACAUAAAACUAUGCCUUUAUCAUUAGACAAAAGAAAUGAGACGAGUAAUAAUAAGAAUGCUUUGCCUAUGCUGCACCCAAGUCGUGUUGAGGAAAUGGUGUUUGUUAGGUACACACCUCCGCCAUCCAGUGUCGAGGACAGUGCUGACUAUGAUGCCUGGUUAGAGAGAAUCAAUUAUUUGUGCGAUGAUCUCCAUUGGCUGUUGCAGCUGCCACAUGAUAAAUUUUGGUGUCAGGUUAUAUUUGAUGAAAGUCUACAUAAAGCUCUGGAUUCUUUUCUUAAAUAUUGUCCAAGAUAUUAUGACAGUGUUAUAGAUUUACCAGAAGUGGGACAACACAGCCAGCAGGAACUUUGUCGACUUGUUUACCUGACUUAUCUUCGAAUGGCAACACACAAAGAAUCAAAAGAACAUUUCAUAACCCCAGAAGUAUUUGGUGACAUAAUCUACGAAAACUUCCUCUUUGAUAUACCAAAAAUUCUAGACAUCUGCUCUCUGUUUGGAAAGGGUAAUGGCCCUUUGUUGACAAAAAUGAUCUCCAAUAUAUUUACCCAGCAGCCAAAGUAUACAGAUGAUCUGAGAGAAACUGUUCCAACAAUGCUUCAUGUGUUGACCACUAUCGCCACUCAGUGUGGUGUCCAGCUAGAAAUAAGUGGCCAGAGCCCACAGAAACUGGACAAGGCAGCAGCAGGAUCCAAUAUGUCUUCAAUGCCUACACCAGUCUUGCAAGAUAUACUCUUGUAUCUUAAUGACAUAGCCUUGACCCUGCACAGGUUCCUUGAGCUUUACCCUCCAGCGUGUAAUGUGCUUCAUGAGUUCAACUUUUGUUCAGUUAUAGCUCAUUUCUAUGAGCAGGUAAUUCCAGAACUGACUUUAACUAUAAAACAAAAAGAUUUCCAAUCACAGAGUCUUCAAAAGCAGCUUCAAAAGAAACUCCACAGAGCAAAGAAAUGUUUAGUGCACAUCUUCAGGUCUCUCAUUCAGUACAACUGCCUACAGCCAUUGUUAGACAAUGGAAGCGAUGAACAGAUUGUGGCCACUUGUAUGGAAGGAUUAAUUCAUACGAUGACUUCAGUCCUGAAUGAAAGAAAGUUCUUGGCAUCCUAUGAGAGUAUGUUCAGCUUUCAAGAUGAUGUAGACAUGUUGAUGCAGACCUCAACUUCUAUAGAUCCUCAUCAGCUAGAGUACAUUCAGUCAGCAAUAAAUGCAGCCUUCGCAACAUUUGGCCACAGAAAGUCACCCAGGGGAGACACCAACACCGGGGGCAGGACCAGCCCCGAUGGAGCUGCAGACUCUCUGACUGUCUUGUCUGUUCAAGACAAGAACAAACAAAAUGAAGAUGACAGCCUGCCUGAUGAGUUCCAGACGGAGGAUUAUUCUGAAGGUGCUGUCUCAUGUCCUACUCCUGGUCAGGCUGAAAUAGAAUCUCUGAUAGCCAGUGUGAAAGAUCUGUUCCCACACAUAGGCGAAGGAUUUAUAGAGUUGGCAUUGGAAGAAUUAGACUGGAAUCAUGAAAAGGUUGUGUCUGCAAUAUUGGAAGACAAACUUCCAGCAUCACUUCAGGGCAUCAGUUUUGAUGUUGCAAGGCAAGAAAGAGCGGUCAACCAAGGUGAUGGUCAUGCAGAGCUUCCUGAUGUGUUGGCCACUCGUAGAAAUAUUUUUGAUAAUGAUGAAUUUGAUCUUUUUCAUAACAAAAAAGUGGAUAUGAAAAAAAUUCAUUUGGGCAAAAAAAAAGAGAAGAUUGACUUGGAAGACAAGAGUGUCAUCAGAGCAGUGCAGGCCACAUACGAUGCUUAUGGAAGCAUUGAUCAAGACAGUAUGUAUGAGGCUGCACAGAUGUAUGAGGAUGAAUAUGAUGACACAUACGACUCUAAUAUUGCUGCUGAUGAUGCUGACUCAGCGGAUGAAUUGACCAAUAAAAAAGUGCUUCCUAGAGUUUUGUUGGAACUGGAAAGAAAGAAAGAGAAAGAAGAAGCGAGUGACAGCAGAAGUGAAGAGAGUGAAGAAGAGGAAGAAAAUGAGGUGAGCAGAGAUCUAUUUCUAACUGACCCGGCCAAACUUCGUGAGAUGGCAGAACAGAAAAGACUCUCCCAGGCCAGCAGGGGGAGAAAAGGAAGAGGCGGAGCAGGACCUCCUCGAGUCAGAGACGUUGUGGGCAGUGCUAAAGGUCAAGGUCAGAGUGAUGAGGUCAAACGCAACAGAAGAAUGAAAGAAAAGUUCAAAGGUCAAAGGAACAAGGCGAACUCAGAGAAAAAAAUGAGUAAAGGAAUGUUUUAAAUUGAAUGGCGAAUGUUGACGUUGAUCUGUGAUAAGUUGAAAUAAAAAUGUAAUGUUUAAAA